CAUGCUGUAACUUUCUCUAAAACACAGGUGAAUGGCAGCCUCUUGCCUGCUUCUGUCAUCUCCGUGUAUUGCGUUUAUCUAUGCUACAGCGCUCUCUCAAGCGAGCCCCGAGACUACGAAUGCAACGGUCUCAACAACCACUCAGAACCCGUUUCGACAGCUACCCUUGUUUUGGGAAUGCUAACAACCGUCCUCUCAGUUGUUUACUCUGCUGUCAGGGCCGGUUCCUCAACAACAUUUCUCUCCCCCCCAUCCUCCCCAAAAUCCGGUUCAUCCAAGCCGCUGUUGGAAGGAGAAAUCGAAUCAGGGAAGAAUGAGGCAAAGCCUGUUACCUACUCUUAUUUCUUCUUCCAUCUUAUAUUUGCGCUGGCCAGUAUGUAUUCUGCCAUGCUUCUUACUGGAUGGAGUGGCUCAAAAACUGGCAGCUCGGAGCAGAUGAACGUUGGAUGGACUUCG